AUGACUAAAGAAUUACAUGUAUGGGGUAAUGAUGGUUCUAUCUCUUUAAUUUCCCCAGAAUGUCUUGCAUCCGCAUGGAUUUUAGCGUUAAAUAAUAUUGAUUUUACUAUAAUUACUUCGAAUAAUACAAAUCUUUCACCAACAAAUCAACUUCCAAUCCUUAUAGAUAACGUUACAAACAAGAUAUAUGAUGGAUAUACAUCUAUUAAUGGAUUCAUAAACGCCGGAAAAUCACAGCUGUUGAUUGAUAUGAGUUUAAGUACAUAUAUUGCUUCAGAACUUAAUCCAAUCAAUCAAUAUAAUUUGUAUAUUAAUACCAAAAAUUAUGAACAUUACACCAGGAAACUUUUUGGCAAAUACUUUCCAUUCCCAAUGAUGUAUAAUCAACCGCUCAAGUUUUAUUAUGUUGCACAAGAAUUGGUACGAACUGUGGGGUUAAAUUCAAAUAGCCCUGGAUUUUUCAGUUUAAGUAAUAGUUCUGUGGAAGUAGCUGAAACAGAAACUAUUAAUGAUGAUUCUAUUGAAGUAGAACAACCAGCAGUAUCUUCAUUACAUGAAAAGCAAUUAAUUGCAAAGUCUAAACAAAAACAAACUUUACAAGAAUCAAGGUAUACUCUUAAAUGUUUACACUUAUUGGGUCAAUAUAUAAAUCAUAUCGAAAAUGUUUAUAAGGAAAGUACCAAUGGAAAGAAAUGGACACCCAUAACGGUAGCAUCUGAAUUACAAACUUCAUAUGUUCUCCUUGUUGCAUACAUCAAGACUUUAACUAGCGAAGAAAUUCCAGAUAGAUUUAUUGAUACAUAUUUAGUGAAUAAUCAUCCAGAAUUGGUUGAAUUUUGUUCACAAGAAUGUGGAAAGUUAGACAAAAUCUUACAAACUAAGACUUUUAGAGAGGCAAAAGAUCAUGAAAUACCAAACUUAUGGAAUGAAGUAAAGUAUAUUACUGGUAUGAAGAAAUAA